AGAAUCAGAUGAAGAUGAAGCAUGUAGAUCUGAGCAGCUGAACGAAUGAAUUUUCGGACAUACUCGAGCAACACUGAUGCUCGAAUGCAAUGAGUUUCGGCUUUGCUUUGACUCUUGAAAACUAUUUGGCCGAGAAGGAUAAGCAACCAUGGUGGCUGGGUGGCUGCUGCGCUAUUCUUCGCUCGCCGCAUUGGCGAUGAGCCUAGCGUUGGCCAGCAACGACCAAUGCAUUGCCGGUGAAGAUUGUCUGGGGAGCCGGCAGGAUUCUGGGCUAGCUCAUGUUGAGACGUUCGAGGACAUUCCGGAGGACAUGGUGCAGCGGGGUCAUCUGAAGGAGCUGGGAUCGCAUCGUGCACCCGACAGCGAGGUGGAAGUCCUGCCCUACAUGAUAAGUCCUGAAGAUUUCUACGAGUCAUACGUAGUCCGCCACAAACCUGUCGUUAUCAAGAACGCUGCGAAGCACUGGCGAGCAACGAAACUCUGGACGGACGAGUACCUGAAAAAGACGUUCGGAGAUCUCAAAGUUCAUAUGGAGACACGGGACGACGAUAAGUGGCACAUUCCAGAAAGCCGUAAGCUGGGCAAGUUUUUGGAUGUCUACAAGGAAGCAAAUCUGUACCUGGUUGAUGAACUGCCACCAGCAAUGAGGAAAGAUGUUACCAUGCCACUAUGUCUGAGAUGUGACGAAAUUGCUAAAAGGUUCUUUGUAUCGUACUUCUGGAUGAGUAGCGGGGGCACAGCGUCCAAGCUGCACAUCGACACCGACGAGAAUCUGCUGUCAGUGAUUCACGGCAGCAAGGACGUUGUCCUCAUCUCGCCGAAGUACAGCCGCGAUGUGUACGCGGAUGAGGCACGGAUGCUCGGCGUGUCCGAGGUCAACGUGUCGGCAGUGGAUUUUAAGAAGUACCCGCGCAUCGCCAACGUCAGAUACAUCACUGCUCAUUUGAAGGCUGGAGAUGCGCUGUACCUACCUCAGAUGUGGUGGCACUAUGUUUACUCUGGAGUAGGCCGUCAGCAAGCCAUCGCCAUGUGGUGGAAGUCCAUUCCCUACCAGAAAGGAUUUGCAGUGAAGUCGGCUUCAACAUCGCGUGAGAGAACCGAAGCGGAGAGGCAGGCAGACCCGCGCAUCACGUCACUGGCUCGCUGGCUGGAGGAGUACAUUGCCUGGAUUGAUGACAUGCGGCCAGACGCCGACACAAGACCAGUGUGUGAAAACCAAGUCAAGCUAAUGAGUGAGUUCCCGUUCGAAACAGACAGGGUUCAAUGGCGCGAGGAGCUGACUGGCAAGGGCCGCUUAAAGACGGAAAACCCAGAUGUUGACAUGGAGCAUCGACCACUGUGCUACUUUGACAUGAAAAACCCAAACAACCCAUGUCGCACGGCGGCAUGUCAUGGCGGACAGAUCUCGGAUGAAUUGGUGGACUUCCUCAACAUGACGAAGCCAGAUGUGGAAGAAGAGGGAGACGGAGAAGAGGAGGAAGAUGACGAAGCGGCUGAGGAGGCAAACGAGAGGGAGUGUAUUCGCCACAUCCUGGACUACUGUGAGCGCUACGAAGACCGUGGUUGUGUCAUUGAACUACCCCAAUACUUGAACAAGAAAUCAGACUCGGAACUCGAGCUCAUCAACCAACUCCGCAGUCCACUAACUCCGAAGAACUGAAGCGCAGCUGCAUAGCUUGAUCAUGACUUUGCUGAACAGCUGCAACACCUGCCCAAGGACUUUCAAAUCCUGCUUAUCUCGGUCAACAUCAUGUCUCUUUGAAUGAAUGUGUGCAAAAUCCCUCAACAAAGUAUGAGUGAAUGAGCAAAUUGACAAGAUACUGUGCAUCGCUAGCCGUGGAAUUACCGCCGCUUCAAGAAGAGUGCAAUCUUGAUUCAAAUUUUAUCGAUUACACCGAUGGCAUAACUUUUAAAUUUCGACAAAAAAUGACGAUUGGCCCCCUAUUCACAUCUGACGGCUCAUAUAUUACUGUGAGUGUGACUAAAGUACGCUAUGAUAAUAACAAUAGGCCAUAGCGUGUUCUGUAUUGCACGUACUCGGUCUUCUUGUACCUCACUGGUGCUCUAGCACCACAAGUGCACACAUGGGUGGCUGACAUUUAUUUAUCACACACAUACGUGUACAUUGCUGUAUUCACUGCAUGCAUUGCUGCUUGCAUUUAUUUAUCACAUACACUCAGAACAACAAGGGGCCAUCAAGGCUAGUUAGUCGCUACUCUGGAGUUUCAUGCUUUCACAAUCAUCACACAUACUCACACAGGCAUCCUGUGCUGCAUGCAUGCUGGCCAAUGAAAUGAUUGUAUCAUUGUAAAGUGAACUCUGAAACUUUAUUUUGCUGCAACUACAAGACAUCGA